GAAAACGUAAUGUUGUUGAGGCUCGCGGAACACGCGCGAGGGAAAUUGAGUCGUUAACGUGAGUGCGAAGAAGGCAACAAGGAAACUUAGAUAAAGUUAGGAGGUCGUUUUAUUUCGUGUUAAAUGUUUUUUUGCCGCAAUAGCACGCACUGGAGCAGUUGACCAGCCAACGGAGGUCACAUUAUUAGCAACUAAGCUAAGUAACUUCACCCUGUAUGCGCAGAGUGUGUACGUUUGUUAGCCCGCUAGCCAAGCAUAGCUAACUUCACUGGCGACUGUAAGUAACGUCGACGUUAAGCCACUAAGCUAAGUUGUACUUUAGUAUAAACCAUUUCACUUGCUGUUUUUUUUACCUCCAGACCUAAAGAAAAAAAGAGACGUUUGUUGUAGUGUCGUUAGCUGCAGUUGGGAAUGUCGCCUCCUCUGUGUCUGUCGUUGUACGGUCGCAGGAGUCAUGAAGGGUCAACGAACAUAUUAGACAGCGAUUCAGAGGAAGAGACCAAGCUCCCCCUCAAACAGUUCUAUCCAUACAUCCGCUGUGCCCUUUGCUGUGGCUUCCUCAUCGAUGCUACCACCAUCACGGAGUGCCUGCACACAUUUUGCAAAAACUGCAUCGUGAAGCACUUUUUCCACAGCAACAGGUGUCCCACGUGCAGCAUCGUUGUCCACCAGACACAACCACUGUACAACAUCAGGCCUGACAGACAGCUGCAGGAUAUUGUUUACAAAAUGGUUCCCUUCCUGGAGGAGUCUGAAAGAAAGGAAAUGUGUAACUUCUACAAAGAGAGAGGGCUGGCGGUGCCAAAACCAGUGGUGGUCUCCCCUCCGGGUCCCGUGGCGAUAAAGAGGCAGAAGAAGGAAAACAUUCCCCAGUCCAUGUUCACCAUUCCUCCUGAGCUGGAUGUGUCUCUGCUGCUGGAUUUUGUUGGGGCUGAAGAGGGCAUCGAUAACUACAAGCCCUUAGAGAGGCGGUACGUCCGCGUGUCGGGCGAGGCGACUGUCCGCCACGUGGAGCUGUUCAUCAGGAGGAAGAUGGAGCUGAGCGCCACCUGCCAGGUGGACGUGGUUUGUGGAGACCACCUCCUGGAUCACUACCAGUCACUCAAAGACAUACAGAACUCUGUGGGCGAAGAGGCACUACAGGACGGUCUGCUGGUGCUGCACUUUGGCCUGGUCCUGCCCUCCCAGUCUUUAGAACAAGAGGGGUGAACAGAACUUUUGGGUUUUGUUUCUCUUCAUCAGACUCUUGUGACAAUGUGCAGUAAAGUUUCUACACUGGCAUUAUAGGUACUCCACAGCUGCCCAGCAUGUCUUGUUGGGAUCGUCCCUUUCUGCCAGCAAAAUGUUUGGUAGCUGGUGACCGGCGAGACAUUCCUCAACCUCAACUCCUCUGUUCACGCCGUAGUGUCAAAUGUUCAACUCGACUCAUUGACUCGUAUUCAGGGCGAGCCAUGUGUCUGCAGUGUGCUUCCACUGACUGCUGCUGUAGCUGAAACUGUACUCUGCUUCUGUCAGUGGGUCUGUAACUUUGAAGCAGUCAGUCUGUGAAGGUAACACGACGUCUAGUCUGAAAAGAUGCAACAGUCGACUUUAGCUAUUUUUUUUCUAUUUAUGCUCUCAAGGGCCGAGUGGGAUUUCAGAUGAACAGUUGAGAUUUUAAAGGGCUUGAAACUACAACUACCAAAGUGUGUGUGUGU